AUGCCCCAAGGCCAUGGGACAAGGCUGUCCCACCCACCCAGAACCAGCAUAAAAGCCGGCCCAGAGCCGCUCUCCCUCACACUCUUCCUGACAAGCCUUCUCCUCCUGCACCUACAGACAACAGGCACCCUCCACACCACAACCAUGGCCUGCAACAGCCUCUGCCGUCCCUGCAGACCCACCCCGCUGGCCAACAGCUGCAACGAGCCCUGUGCCCUGCAAUGCCAGGACUCCAGCGUCAUCAUCAACCCUUCCCCUGUGCUGGUCACCCUGCCAGGACCCAUCAUGACCUCCUUCCCCCAGAACACCGCCGUCGGAUCCACCUCCUCCGCUGCUCUGGGCACUGAGCUCAAUGCCCAGGGACAGCCCAUCUCUGGUGGAUUUGGCUUUGGUGGCUUUGGCUACGGCCUGGGAGGCCUGGGCUGCUAUGGCAGGAGGGGCGGCUCCAUCUGCUAA